AUGACUUGCGCACUCGUUUACAGUGGUAGCAUCGAAACGCUCGGUGGAGAAGCUUUAAUGUCAUUCACUGCAGGCUCAUGCGACUCGGUUCUCCAAUGCUCCCAACGCUCACUCAAGAAUGCCUCCUUGCCCGACCUUAUGCAUUUCAUAAGAGAAAUCACGGCCAAAGCCAAGGUAUCGACAACGACGAUGGUAAUCGGCCUGAUCUACAUACAUCGGUUGAAGAAGAUACUUCCCGCCACCGCUCGUGGGGACUUUGAUACUCCACACAAGAUAUUCCUUUCGACUAUAUUGGUUGCCAGUAAAUUCGUUUGCGAUGAAUCACUCCAGAACAAGAUGAUCGCAGAUGUCACCGGUGGUCUGUACUCUGUUAGGGAUGUAAACACGAUGGAGAGAAGUUUCCUCGGAUUGUUAAAGUAUGACUUGUGGGUAUCGGGUGAAGAAGUAAAGGCUUUUCUGGAAGAGCACAAGCACGAGUUGGAUUUAGGUGCUGAUUGGAACAUGGCUCGAGAGGCAUGA